GCUUGGAGAAGGAGUCGGUGUUUCACUUCCCGAACAGGACAUCCAUGAUCCAUCCAAGUAGUUUUUUUUUUUUCUAUAAAUCCUGCUCUUCCUAUUCAUCAGUUCGAAAUUGUUCGCCCCACCCUCAGAUCUCCUUUUUGCAGUUCAAUAGUGGUUUGUCUUCUCCUCCCCGAUCAUCAGUUACAGUUAUAGAGGUAGUUGGAAGAUGGGGAUAAUCAGAAGCACUUUCUCUUUCAUGACGGGUACCAUGUUUGGAAUCUACCUUGCCCAGAACUACAACGUUCCCAACGUUAAGAAGCUCGCAAACACUGGCCUCUUGUUUAUGAAGCACGUCGAAGAAAACUAUCGGAAGCCCAAGAAGAGAGAUGAGGAAAAUUAGCUUCACUUUCCGGGAUUGUCCUGGUUCCUUCCUUCUUCAUUCACUUACGAUGGUGGAGAUUUGACUUUCAGGGUUUCCUUUUUCCUCUUUUUUGUAAUCCAUAACGAUACGAAAAUUGGCUAACCUUUUUUUUUUAUUAUUAUAUUUUUGUGUGUAAUCCAUAGUGAGAAACUUGGUUUUGUUAAUGCUGCAGUACAAACGAAGAUCAGCUGGGAUUUAUAGUCAAUUUCUUGAUGGAGAUACAA